AUCUCGAGUUGAUGAACGUGAUUACUUUAUUGUUUCAUUUCGACGAAAUCGGUUGCCGCAAAUUGUUGCUUGCUGUGCACCGUAGCUUGUGAUGAAUAUGCUUCAUCGAUGCCAUCUUACAGGUGGUACUUGUUUCUAUGAUCUGAGCGAUUUUAACGCGGAAUGCGAGGAGCGCUCGAAUCCGAGAUAAUUUCGAAUGCUUGAAUGAUUGUCGGAUUCCUUGAAGAGUUAUGGUGUAAUGAUGUAAUGGGAAUGAUUCAAAUACAAGAGUGAUUCAAAUAUCUGUAUGAUACCGUCGGCGUCGAACAGCCGCUCCAAUACACAGAAAUGAGAAUCAGUUAUGAGAAAUUAUAACAUAAACGAUCUGAUAUAUAAAAUAAAAUAUCUGAAUUUAUAGUUCAUUAUUUUUCAACAUGUAAUUUUAAUGCUGGAAUCGACAUUUUUGAAUUUAUUCAUAUGUCGAGUACUUACUCGUAAGCGAUAGGGCAAAUCUAUUCUUCUGUGAAUGACUCACACACGUGUUUUCACAGGAAACUUGUUUCGCGUGUAAAUUGUCGCACCAAUCAGCUGCUUUUUGUUGUGCGCAAGGAUGAAGGUUCUCUUCGUUUGCAUCGGAAAUUCCUGCCGCUCACCAAUGGCGGAAGCUGUCAUGAAAGAUAUGCUAGCGAAGGAGAACCUUGAUUGGGAAGUUGAUAGUGCCGCGAUUGCGAGUUGGAAUGUUGGUUACCCACCGGAGCCACGUUGUCUGGAAGUUCUGCACGAGAAUGGAUUAGAUUCGGAUCAUAUUGGGCGUCAGAUUGGGAGCGAGGAUUUCGAGCGAUUCGAUGUAGUCUUCGGGAUGGAUGAAGGAAAUGUAAAAGAUUUGCUUGAGCUGGCUCCGAAAAACUGUCGAGCACGAAUCGAAUUGUUGGGAAACUAUCGUAGGAAAGAAUUGGAUAAAAUUAUAUUCGAUCCUUACUUUGAACGAGGUACACACGGUUUUAGAAGAUGUUACGAUCAAAUUGUGAUAUGUUGCAGAAACUUUAUUCAGCGCACACGCUCAAACUAGUGGAGAAGUGUUUAUAAGCUAGACAGGUUACCAGAUAUUAAAUCGUCCAAGAAUACAUCCCACCUGGCUUGUAAUAUUCUUGAGAACGAAGUUCUCUCGUUCGAUGUUAAAGCACUGUACCUGUAAGAUGUUUCUAUGAAUAUUUGAAAUAUAUUUGUUUAAUACUUA